AGAAGUUGUCUGCUUGCAGAUCAGUCUUUUGGCUCUUCUUCUUUCAUUUUUACUUCAAGCAGUGACAACCUCAUACCCACCCUACGCACUGAGACCGCUCACUCCCCCAUCGCAAAUGCCCCGCACCUAUGGCAAAGCGAAACAGACGCGGCUUUCCUUCGCCCCGGUAGCGUCGCCGACCCAAGAUACGCAAGAAACAGUAGAUGGAACCGAUCGCCGAGCGACCCUGCGCUACGGGCAUCCCUCAACGGCCACACUUCGCCGGGAGCGUCCCCAAGUCUCGCCCAGCCCGAUCGUGGAGACGAAAUCUGCGGAAGACACCAUGAAGCCCGGGCGCGAAAAAAAAACCAAGGACAAAAAAGAGAAAAAGGAGAAGCGAGAAAAGAAGAGGGCCAAGAAGGAGAAGAAAGAGAAGAAAAAGAAAGACAAGCAGUCGACGCAGGCCGACGGCUCCGAUGACGUCCCCGCUCCCGAGCCAGAUGUUAAAACCGCCGAAGAGGAAGAGACCAUGGAUACAAACCGCAGUGUGCCAUCUGAGCAGAAAAAGAGAAGGUCUAAGCGAAAACGCUCCCCCACUCCGGAUGCUCCUGAGCCGUCAUCUGCAGCCUCCCCAAGUCCGGCCGUUUUGGAAGAUAGCGAUGUCGACGAAAUUAUCACUCGACCUCGCCGCAAGCUGAGACGAGGUCCAGCACCGGUGUCUACUGUAGUACUGGAUGAUUCUGAGGAUGAACCGGUGGUUUCGCCCGUCAAAAGACGGCGCGUUAGUGCGCCUACUGAACCCCCUCAGACACCUCCGCAGAAUCAAAACCAGGAUAUGCUGGACAUUGAGGAGGACCUGGCGGAUCUUCAAGAUUCCGUUGUAAAGAAGACAAGAACCCGUGGUCGACUAGCGAAUUCAGCUAAAGCCCAGCGGCAGCUCCACCUAGAGACCCUGCGGCGCCGACGGGCAGGACAAAAAGAAGACGAUAUCGAGGAAUCCGCGGGCCAGGAAGAGGACGAAGAAUCCGAGCAGGAGGACGAUCAAUCAGAAAGCGAAGAAAGUGAAGCAAGCAGCGAGACAAGCGACACCAGAAAGCCCCGACUCCGCAUCACGCACGAAGACAGCGACGUCGAAUCCGCCAUAGCCAGCAACGACGAUCUAGAUCGCUACGAGGACGACUUCGUGCUAGAAGACGAAGACGACAAGCUCGGCGUCCCGACCAGCCACGAAGACAUGCCCCUCGAGUUCUCCCGCCACGCAUACAAGCAACUCAAGGAUUACUUCCAAGACGCCGUGGAGUGGAUGGUGCAUAACAAGCUCAACCCGGCCUUCCCCCGGUCCGACCCGCUCUACAAAGUCGCCUUCGACAAGCUCGAAAGCGAAGUCAAGGGGCGGACUGGGUCAACACUUGUGUCGUCAGUGUGGAACGCGGAAUUCCGAUACGCUCUUCUCGCGCGUCCAUACAUCGAGAUCACCUCUUAUCCGACAUCCGAGCACCACCCGUGUGAUGCGUGUAAACGGUCUGGACAUCCGGCUUCAUCGGAUAUCAAGCUCUACGGAAAGGCGUAUUCUCUGGAAACGCUGGAGGCGCUUACAGACCAGGACAGCAGCGACGACGGACAACUCUCACAACAGGAGGAGGAGGAGGAGGGAGAAGAAGAAGAGGAGGAGGAGGUCGAGGAUGACGGCGUAGAGCGCGAUCGCGAAGGCCACAUCCUCCCCGACGAAAACAACCGCUUCUAUCUCGGCCGACACUGCAAAAACCGAGCCACAAUCGCACACACACUAACCCACUGGCGCUUCAACCUCAACGAAUGGGUCGUCGACCACCUCGCACGCAUGGGGUACCUCUCCGACGAGGAAGUCGUCAAACGCAGCCACUGGAGUGUGAGGAAACAGACGAAGUACGCCGCGCAGGUCUUCAAAACGAUGGUUGAGAACGAUGAGGUUAAAAAGCUGUGGCGCGAUUUUCAUAUCAAUUUGCGGACGGCUAGGGAGUCGACUACACUUUGAUAGGGCUCUUUCUGGCAGUAUUGGCUGAAUUUCGAGUUCGUUGUCUUCUUGCUUCUUUUACAAACAUUCUUGAUAUUCUUCCUCGAUGGUCUUACAUAUGCUACGGAAGGAAUUUGCUAUUGCCUCUAUUUGCACCUUUUCUUUCUUGUCAUCUUCUUUCUAUUACGGAAUCCAUAUUCCAUAUUCUUGUGAUACCCAAUUUCAUCUCUUGGUUGACAGUUCCUUUUCUCUGCUGCUUUUUUUACAACGGCACAAACGACAUCUAUCCCAU